AUGCAAACCGAAUCCCGCCUCCGAGACCUCUACCUCCUCUCCCUCCCCUCCACAAACCCCCAAGAACCCCCCCUCCCCAACACCACACCCCCGUCCCCCGAAAACCAAAAAACAAUCACUCACCUGCAAUCCCUCUCCCUCGCCCACAUCUCCGCAAUCAACACCCGCUCCCUGCACGCCACCCAUCCAGCCUGGACAACCCUCUCCCCGAACUUCAUGGGCGACGUCCGCGCCGUCUGCAUGAAAUCCCCGCGGCGCCUAGACCGCAACUCAUACCUCGCCGAGUAUCGCUGGCUCACGACGAUCCGGCCGGAGUAUCAUUUGGAGGUGAAGGGGAUUUCGACGGAGUUGAAGGCGAGGGGGAAGGGGGCGGUGACGUUGAAUUUGGAGAAUACGGGGAAUCCGGUGGGGGUGGUGAGGGUUAUUGUUGUGAUUGUGGAGUGGAGGAGGGAUGGUGGAGAUGGAGAGUGGGAGUGUGUGGAGGUGAGGGCGGCGAGGGGGCCGGAGGUUUGA